AUGUUCCCGUACGAUGACUUCGAUGCUGGUGAUGACCAGGAAGUUCUCUACAAUGAGAAUAGACCGUGUCCGAGAGACUGCAUCUGCACUGUAUCUCAAGGAUAUAGAACAGCCAAGUGUGAUCGUCUUGAAAUCGGAACACAAAAGUUUGGGGAUGACAUCACAGACCUAGUUAUCGAAAAUGCUGAUCCUAAGUAUCCUAUUCAGCUAACAGAUUUUAUUUUCAAGAAACUCGGCCUUCAUCAAGUUACUACUGUGAAGAUUGUUAACAGCUCGAUCGACUUUAUUGGACCUAACGCCUUUCACGGUCUUCCUAACUUGUACGCCGUCAAUUUAUCUAAUGAUAAGCUGAAGAUCUUACAUCCUGAAACAUUCGCUCAUAACAAAAAAUUGUUACUGCUUACUCUCUCAAACAAUCCUUUGAAGUUCCCUGCAGCUAAUUCACAUGAUUACUUCUUAAACACUUCAUCUGUACAAGAACUUGACAUUUCUUAUUGUGACAUGAAAUACAUUACAUCUAAUACUUUCGGCAACAUGCCUGGUCUAAUGUACCUAAACUUGGCUGGUAACAACCUCUCUGACAUGGAUCCCGACACAUUCAAGAAGUUACUGGAUUUGGAAGAACUUGACCUAAGUGAUAAUAAUAUAAAAUCUUUACCGGAGGACAUUUUUUCUGAAAACAACGAACUCGCUACUCUUCAUAUUUCAAGAAAUCCAGUAGAUACAGUCUACGGAUUACAGAUUUCAGAUUUGUUAACUCUUAACGCGGGACAAACUAACAUUAAAUUUGUUGGUCCAUCUAUGUUCAACGGUAUGACAUAUAUUGCAAAUCUGAACCUGAGCGGGAACAACAUUGAGAAAAUCCAUAACCAGGCUUUCCACCGACUUGUCGAACUGAACUACCUUGACCUUUCCUACAAUGACUUAGACUUCAUCUCUAACAUUCUAAUCAAAGAAAAUAUUGAACUAGAUAUUUUCAAAAUCUCAAAUAAUCCUAGAUUAAAACAGUUGCCAGCGGAGGGAUUCCAGUGCUCCGUGGACCAAUUUAAUAUCUAUUUAUUCGAUGCCUCCAAUUGCGGCUUGCAAGUAAUUUACGAUGAUUCAUUAAAAACUUUUUCAGCUCUAUCAGUUGUCAAUUUAUCGAAUAAUGAAAUUAAAACCAUCGGAACCAAGGUAUUUACUGUGUGCCCUAAGCUUGUAGAGAUCAAUCUGUCGUAUAAUCAGUUGACAACGUUAGACGCUAAAGUUUUUGAAAAGAAUAAGGAAUUGGGUAAAUUAUACCUCCAAGGCAAUCCUUUAAAAGUGCUAUCAGCUGAAGUAUUCCUGCAUACUCCGAUGAUCACUUAUUUGGACAUGAGUCAUGCUGAACUGACAUCACUAUGGAAGGCAGAUAAAAACCGCUCGGCAACUCUGCUCAGUAAUCUGACAUUCCUCAAUGUUUCACACAAUCGUAUUACUGAGAUUAAACAAACCGAACUUGAUCACUUAGUCAAACUAAACACUCUCGAUAUCAGCAACAAUCCACUGGCAUGCAGUCGUGACUUUGAAAAUCUUAUGACCUGGUUGAGCAACCGCAAAGUAUCACCAAAUGCUGGCGGAAGCAGUAGCAUUGCCAAUCUAGCAUGGGACAAAAAGGAUGAUGACAUUCCAACUUACAGUUGGGACUUUUUGACUCGCAAGACUUGUGGAACUGCCCUGCCACAUCCAGUUGAACCUUUAUCACCCGUAUCCGAUGAAGAGAUCUGGGAAAGAAUCGACAAGGAUAUAGAUGGUAACUUCGACCUGAAGAAUACUUUGGAUGAUGGAAAAAUUGCUACAUUCUUGGACGACACACCAGAUGAGGGUGACGCACAAGGUGACGUUGAUGAUGAUAACCAAGAUGAAGAAGAUGACGAGGAUGAUGACGGCGAAGAAUAUGACGAUGAUGAAGAUGACGUCGACCUAAAAGUGAAACUCAUUGAGAAACAAACGACGACUGCACCGAAAAUCAACAAAACGAUUAAUCCAAACGAAAAUUCUGUUAAGAUUAAUAUACAGUUACUGGAAGACGAGGAUGUCAACGAGGAAGCAUCAAAUACCUUGUACAUGCAAGAAACCAUUGAAAGUGAAGAUCACGGUCGCUAUGAAUAUUUGUGGCCAAUUGCUAUCGCUAUCUUAGGUACAUUACUUCUCCUUAUCGUGAUCGCAAAGGUGGUAAUGAUGUUAUGCACAAAGAGAACAAAGCAAAUCAGAUACAACAGUGCCAUAAUCGCCGCUAUGAGCCAACCCGGCCGCACGAAGAAGGACUGCGGGCUGGUAUACCAGCAGCUAACAGAGGACUUGACAAGCCCUGCGACGCCAAAGCUUAGUCGCUACACGCCUCUUCACACCGUAUCCGUGAACGCGUCCAACAUGUCGUACGAAAGCAGUCCUUUCCAUCACAACAAUAUCGUGCCAGAAGCGGUCUGA